AUGAACUGGCAGUGGUUAUUGACAACCUGGUACUCAAAGCCUGGCGCCCUCACUGCGGCCGUGGCGACCCUUGGACUGUUCAUUGUCCAGGUAAUCGCUAAGCACAGAAAAGAACGCGCCAGAAACCCACGUCGACUGCCACUACCACCUGGUCCCAAGGGCUUGCCACUUCUUGGAAAUCUCUUCCAGAUCCCGACUGUCGAACCGUGGGCAGUGUAUAACGAAUGGGCCAAAGUGUUUGGAAAUGUUGUCUACGUCAAUGCCCUUGGCCAAGACAUGGUCAUUCUCAAUUCUCUUGAAGACGUCGACGAACUUCUCGAGAAGCGUGCUGCAAACAACUCUGACCGCACCCGCUUUGUGUUAUUUGAACUGAUGGAGCUUGAUUGGAUUUUCGCGGUUAUGAGAUACGGUCCGCGAUGGCGAGCCCACCGUCGAGCCUUUCAUCAGCAGGUUAAUCUGGGUCAACUCCCAGGCUUCCAUCCGAUCAUCGAAGAGGAGAUGGUCAUCUAUCUAAAGCGACUGCUUGAAAAGCCGGAGGAGUUCCUCGAGGAGACAAAAUCAGUCUUCGGUCACAUCAUCAUUCGGAUUUCCUAUGGAUCAACGGAUCCUGAAUACAACAAAGAACUCCUUCAAAUCUCGAGCGAGGUCGCUAAACGGGUUUCAGAGUCAAUAACACAGGGAAAGUACCUCGUCAACGUUUUACCAUCCUUGGAGUAUAUUCCCUCCUGGUUUCCUGGAGCGGGAUGGAAGAGAUACAUGCUGGCAGGCGCGGUUCCUAGUCGUCGCUUAUUAACAGAACCUUUCGACGAUGCAAAGGCGAGAUAUAAAAACCGUGAGCGGGGACUCGGGGGCUCCGAACCAGAGUAUCCGAGCAUCUCUCGCGGUCUCAUAGAGAAAUUACCUGCCGAAAACGAUCCCAAUUAUCUCGAAGAGGAAGGCGUUGCCAAAGCUAUUGCAGCCAUAGCGUACCUAGGUGGCUCUGAUACAACUGUAAACUCUGCCCAGGCACUCGUUCUUGCUCUUGGAGCAAACCCGGACGUCCAGAGGAAGGCGCAACAGCAGCUCGACCGCCUCAUUGAUACCACGUCGCGUCUCCCAAGUAUCGAUGAUAAGAACGAAUUACCAUACAUCCAAGCCAUUAUCAAAGAGCUUGGUUGGUGGUAUAAUGUCCUUCCACUAGCAACACCUCACUUCUCUAUGGAGGACGCAGAGUACAAGGGCUACUUUAUCCCAAAGGGCACUAUGUUCCUCCCUAACACCUGGGCGAUAAUGCAUGAUCCUGCAGUAUUUUCAGAACCUCUGGAGUUCCGACCAGAACGAUAUCUGAAAGACGGCAACCUGGAUCCUUCCGUCCUCGGCCCAGAGUCCGCUGCGUUUGGUUACGGACGUCGCAUUUGCCCAGGUCAAAACCUUAGCAAUGACUCCUUGUUCGAGAUGGCAGCAUGUCUAUUGGCCACCUUUGAUAUCUUGCCUCCAUCUAAUGCCGACGCCAAACAGCUGAAGCUGGAAGUCGAGUCCGAGUUGACUGCGAAAGUCAAACCUUACCAGUGCCAGAUUGUUCCGCGUUCGCGCAAACAUGCCGACCUAAUUCGGUCGUUAUGA